GAGGGUGGGGGUGGGCGGGGGUCUUUUUGGGAGGCGGUUCGUGCAGAGUCGCUAGAUGGGUUCCGGUGCCACAGAUCUAACGUUCGCGGUGGCGCGACCUCAGGUAGAGAGGCUGUCUGCGGGAUCAGGUGAACAGUGGAUCAGACUGGGGAAUGUUAAGUCAGGUAUUUACUCUGAAGCGAGGGAAGAAGGAACGGGAGUCUGUCAGGCUAAGAGCUGCUUUGCGGACACCAGAGAGGCAGUCCAGGUUCCUAAUGGAGGCGGGGGAGAUGGCUUGUCUCUUUUGUCUGAGACAGUUGCAGGUCCGAUCUUUGGGUACUCAAGGAGCUGCUCUCCAGCCCCUGCUUCUGAACCUAUGGAUUCUCCAUCUAGCGCUUCUUCCUAUUCUUCCUCCUCUCUCCCUUCCUCUUUUUCCACCUCCCCAGGGAACAGUGACUUUGGCUUCCCCUCCGAUAAUGAAGGGGAGGAAAAAGGGGCCCAUGGCCCCAGGCCAGACACUGUUGGGCAGAGGGGAGGUUCUCGGCCCAGCCCGGGUCCUAUUCGGUGCAGGCAACGACACAAGGUUUCCAGUAAUCAACUUACAGCAUCGCACUCUGAACAGCGGGGCUUGGCUUCUCCUAUGGUGGGAUCUGGGGUCAAAAGAUCAAGAGAUCGUGAAUUGGAGACCAGUCGAAACAUCCACAGUUGUACCACAGAAGGGGACCUGCUCUUUGCUCAGAAGUGUAAAGAGCUCCAGGGAUUCAUACGUCCUCUCACAGACCUACUGAAUGGGCUGAAGAUGGGUCGCUUUGAAAGAGGAUUGAGCAGUUUUCAGCAGAGUGUGGCAAUGGACAGGAUCCAGCGUAUCGUCGGUGUUUUGCAGAAGCCACAGAUGGGAGAGCGUUAUCUGGGAACCCUGCUGCAGGUAGAAGGAAUGUUAAAGACUUGGUUUCCUCACAUAGCUGCCCAGAAGUCAUCACGGGGUAGUAGCAGGCACCAGCGGACCAAGCAUUUUCCGAGCCACCACAGUUAUCCAGCUGCUUCCUUUCCUGCACAUCCCGUGGAAAAGAUGGACCAGAUGCAGCUAGGACACUUAGUAUUGACACCAAAGCAGCCUUGGCAUCUCACUGAACUGCCACCUAUGAACCUCACUUGGAUCCACACCACUCCAAUUUGCAACCCCCCUCUCAGUUCCCCAGGUACCAUCUCCUUUAGCUGUGGUCCUUCAGGCACCGGAACCAGCAUCGGUGUCAUCCUUUUCCUCCAGCAGAGAGAGCAGCCCUUCACCUACUCAGCCCCAACCACUCCAGUUCCCCCUACUACAGCAUCUCCCGGCAUCCCUGGUUAUCCUAAGAAACUAUCUGGAGAGGGACCUCGUUGCCACAGCUUACCAGUAACUCUGCCAUCAGAUUGGAGCCGUACCCUGUCCCCUCGUGACCUACCCGACAUGGCCAGAGAGAUAACUGGGGGACACCUAGAGCAGAUGAGAAGCCAUCCUCCAGUUGCUCCUGAUGUCCAUCCUCUCAACCCCUAGUCCGGGACUUGAGCCUGUAGUUUCUAAUUUGUAUAAAUAUAUGUCCAUACGUAUGUGUGUGUAUUUUACUU